CCAAGGGUUUAAAAACAAAACAAAACAAAACCCUAAUUCCUCUUCCUCCUCAUUUCACGAAGCACAGGACAAAAUCCUCAAUAAACCCCAUAUACACACAGACACUCUAAUCCCCAAUCAUUUUCGCUUAGUUUCAACAUCGCAAACACAAAGAACCUAGAAUCGUAGAAUUGAACAAAGAGGAACGAAAAAUGGAGAUUGACACAGUUACAGAGGCGGCAGUAGUGGAGGAGAAGAGGACGACAGUGAACAACGUGAUGUGUCUUUUGACAGACCAAGAUGGUGGUCCUAUUGGUGCUCCUAUGUACCUUCCUCAGAAUAUUGGUCCUCAACAGCUUCAACUCAUCGUUAAUCAGCUUCUGAACAAUGAGGAGAAAUUGCCGUAUGCUUUUUAUAUAUCAGACGAGGAGCUUCUUGUACCACUUGAAACAUACCUGCAAAAACACAAAGUCUCGGUGGAGAAAGCAUUGCCUAUAGUUUGUCAACCUCAAGCUGUUUUCCGGAUUCGUCCUGUGAAUCGAUGUUCUGCGACAAUUUCUGGUCAUGGUGAAGCUGUAUUGAGUGUUGCCUUUAGUCCUGAUGGGCGGCAGCUAGCAAGUGGUUCUGGUGAUACCACUGUUCGAUUUUGGGAUCUUGGCACUCAGACACCAAUGUACACAUGCACAGGGCACAAGAACUGGGUCCUUUGUAUUGCAUGGUCACCAGAUGGCAAGUAUCUUGUAAGUGGGAGCAUGUCAGGAGAACUUAUAUGUUGGGACCCACAAACUGGAAAGCAAUUAGGCAAUGCUCUAACUGGCCACAAGAAAUGGAUCACUGGUAUCUCUUGGGAACCUGUCCAUUUGAAUGCUCCUUGCCGUCGCUUUGUAAGUGCUAGCAAAGAUGGGGAUGCUCGUAUAUGGGAUGUUUCUUUAAAGAAAUGUAUUGUACUCUGUGGCCACACACUUGCAGUAACAUGUGUAAAAUGGGGUGGAGAUGGUGUGAUUUAUACGGGGUCCCAGGAUUGUACAAUCAAAGUUUGGGAAACCACAGAAGGGAAGCUAAUUCGGGAACUGAAGGGACAUGGGCAUUGGGUUAAUUCUUUAGCAUUGAGCACUGAGUAUGUUCUUCGCACCGGAGCUUUUGAUCAUACUGGGAAACAAUAUUCAUCUCCAGACGAAAUGAAGAAGGUCGCUCUUGAAAGGUACAAUACAACGAGAGGUACUGCUCCUGAAAGAUUGGUCUCUGGAUCUGAUGAUUUCACAAUGUUCCUUUGGGAACCCUUCAUCAACAAGCACCCCAAAACUCGCAUGACAGGUCAUCAGCAGCUUGUGAACCAUGUCUAUUUUUCGCCUGACGGGCAAUGGAUAGCGAGCGCAUCUUUUGAUAAAUCUGUGAAGAUAUGGAAUGGCACUACAGGGAAAUUUGUCACGGCCUUCCGUGGUCAUGUUGGGCCUGUUUACCAGAUAAGCUGGUCUGCAGAUAGUAGACUUCUUUUAAGUGGUAGCAAAGAUUCUACACUUAAGGUUUGGGAUAUUCGGACUCGUAAGUUGAAGCAGGACCUUCCGGGCCAUGCCGAUGAAGUGUUUUCUGUUGAUUGGAGUCCAGAUGGAGAGAAGGUGGCUUCUGGUGGUAAGGAUAAAGUGUUGAAGUUGUGGAUGGGAUAGGCUAAUUUUUGGACCAUCAUUGAGAAUAUAUUAGUUGCUGUAUUUAUGUCCAUGCUGUUGCCAUUGCAUGGAAAUCAAUGGCUGCAAGAUCAUCUUUAAAUUCCACAUACUACAAUGCCAUGAAGAACAAGUUAAUCAAAUUGAGUAUCAGGCAAAGAAGCUGCUUGAAUUGCUUGGGGGUCUAUCAUAUGCUUGCAAGAAUAUACUUUGCUGGUCUUUUUUUUUAUUUUUUUCAAUGUAUUUUUUUCUGGUAUUAUGUCAUAUGUUGACAAUAGUAUGAUAUUGUUUUUUAAUGACAGCUAUGGCAAUUUUGGUUUUUUUUGGUAAUGAACUCUAAGUGUGCAAGGGCUAGCCAUAAGAUGGUUUUUGUUUGCCUUGACACUAGUAGUGUACAAUAGUCUUUGAAUGGAGUACUUCUAUAUUUAAAAUUUGAAUGUA